CCACUUACUUUAGUGGCCCUGCCUGGCAGCCUGCUUACCUUUCUAAUGUGGGUCUUUAAUAUCAGAAAAGAUUGAAUAAAAGUUUUAGGAAGAGCGGGAACAUAUAUUCACCGGGCCUUGUAACUGUGACUGAGACAGUCCAGGGGAAGACAGGAGUCUGGAAUGCAGCCCUGGUACCUGAGCAUCAGGAUCCUCCUGCUCUCCUUCCUGCUAUACUGGCCAGCCUCGGGACAAUUUGAUGUGAGAGGACCACAAUUACCAGUCAUUGCCUUGGUUGGAGAAAAGGCUUUUCUGCCUUGCUACCUUAGCUCAUCCAUGGAUGCUAGCAACAUGAACAUAACAUGGUAUCGUAUUGGCCGGGCAGGCUUUGUGUAUGCUCUUAGGAAUGGUGAGGAUUACACAGAGGGGCAGGCACCGGAGUACCGCAAGAGGACAGAGUUGCUGGUGGAGAAUAUCACCAAUGGACACGUGCUUCUGAAGAUCAAUUCCAUCCAUCCUUCAGAUGGAGGGAUUUACACAUGCUACUUUGUAAGCUCCACAUACUUUGCAGGAGCCAGGGUUACACUGCUUAUUAAAAAUGCCUUAGACUUGAGCCUCAGUUCCUGGAGAAUGAGACUGGCUAUGUUUAUGAUUUUCCUUGAUAUCUUCUUGAUGACCACCUGUAUUUUCUAUGCUUGCAGUAAUCUAGCCAAAGGCUUAAAGUCAUUGAUGUUCCUCCUUUCUACACAGAAGAUGAACACAAUGCUCAGCCGCACCUUGUUAUAUGGUGAUAUGAAACAUGUGAAAUUCAUGCCAGCAAAGAAGGAAGUUCCUGACCAUCCUGAGCAAUUUCCAUUUCAGCUGAACUGGGUCAGAGCAAAUCCUCCAGUGGUAAUCAUCACACUGCAUAUUUCAGUGGCUCAAAUGAAGCAUAAGAAUUCCAGCACCAUCACUGAGCUAAUCCUGGUGGGAUUUUCCAACUAUCCCCAGUCUGAGAUUCCCCUCUUCUUCUACUUGGCCAAUUGCUUAGGAAAUACAGCUGUCUUCGCACUGGUGCUUCUAAAUUCCUCUCUUCAGACCCCCAUGUAUUUCUUCCUCUGCCAUCUGGCUUUCCUCAAUGUCUCUUUUAGCACGGUGGUAGUACCGAAGAUGCUCUUCAAUUUUCUUGCAAGCAGGAAAGUGGUAUCUUACACAUUCUGCCUUGUUCAGACCUAUCUCACCUUAUUCCUGGAAUCAGCUGAAUGCUUUCUCCUGGCAGUGAUGGCCGUGGAUCGCUAUGUGGCCAUCUGCUAUCCACUCAGAUACCUGAUUCUCAUGAACUGGUUUGUGUGUGUGUCACUGGCUUCCGGGGCCUGGAUCAUAGGGUUUUUUUCUUCCGUGGUUCCUCUCUACUUCGCCAUCCUCCCGUUGUGUGGACCUUACACUGUUGACUAUAUUUUCUGUGAGUUACCCAUACUUCUGCAUAUGUUCUGUGGAGACACGUCCCUGCUGGAAGCCAUGAUGGCCAUAGGAGGGGCUGGCACAGUGCUGGUGCCGUUCACCUUCAUUAUUCUCUCCUAUGUUCGACUCUUGGUGGCCGUGAUGAGAACAGACUCAGGGGAGGGUAGGAAAAAAGCCUUUUCAACGUGUGCGUCCCACCUCUCGGUGGUGACAAUCUAUUACGGAACUGGCUUGAUUCGGUACCUGAGGCCCAAGUCACUCUACUCAGCAGAAAGGGACAAACUGAUCUGUGUGUUCUAUGCAGUUAUCAACCCUAUGCUGAAUCCUUUCAUUUACAGCCUGAGGAAUAAGGAAGUGAAGGGAGCCAUCGCAAGAAUCCUAGAGAGAAGCGAUCGAAUCACAUGCUGCUCUGAGGUUCCUCCCUUCUGUGGCAGACCCGGAGCAGAGAUAGUGCAGGCGCUGGGCAGCAGCGCUGCCGUCAGCGGGUCCUGGCCUGGGCCUCCGCGGGCCAUGGCCUCUGGCGCGCCGGGGGAGCGGCUGCGGGAGGAGGCCAGGUGCUCCGUGUGCCUGGAUUUCCUGCAGGACCCGAUCAGCGUGGACUGCGGUCACAGCUUCUGCCUCAGGUGCAUCUCCGAGUUCUGCGAGAAGUCCGAGAGCGCACAGGGGGGCGUCUACGCCUGUCCGCAGUGCCGGAGCCCCUUCAAGCCCUCGAGUUUCCGGCCCAACCGGCAGCUGGCCAGCCUGGUGGACAGCGUGCGGCAGCUGGGACUCGGCUUGGGCGCCGGGGCCUCCAGGGCGCGCCAGUGUUCCUGGCACCGCGAGGACCUCAGCCGCUUCUGCGAGGAGGACCAGGUGGCGCUGUGCUGGGUCUGCGACACCACCCCGGAGCACCGGGGCCACAGCACCAUGCCGCUGCAGGAAGCCGCCAGGUGCUACCAGGUAAAGCUCGAGAUAGCUCUGGAACAUGUGAGAAAAGAGAUGGAAGAAGCAUUGACUCAGGAGGUCAAUGUGGGGAAGAAGACUGUCAUUUGGAAGGAGAAAGUGGAAUCGCAGAGGCAGCGCUUCAGGUUGGAGUUUGAGAAGCACCGUGGCUUUCUAGCCCAGGAGGAACAAUUGCAGCUGAGGCGGCUGGAGGAGGAGGAGCGGGCUACCCUGCAGAAACUGCGGGACAGUAAGAGUCAGCUGGUCCAGCAGAACAAGGUCCUGAAAGAGCUGGUGGAGGAACUGGAACAACGGUGCCAGCAGCCAGCCCUGAGUCUACUGGAGGGUGUAAGAGACACUUUGAGCAGAAGUUCAGCUGUCAUUCGGCUGGAACCAGAGACCAUUUCCAUGGAGCUAAAGACAGUGUGUUGCAUUCCUGGGAUGAGGGAAAUGCUGAGAAAAUUCCAAGUUGACGUGAAGCUGGAUCCUUCCACGGCGCAUCCCAGCCUCCUCCUGACCACAGACCUGCGCAGUGUGCGGGAUGGAGAGCUGUGGAGAGAUGUCCCCAGCAAUCCUGAGCGAUUUGAUACGUGGCCCUGUGUCCUGGGCCUGCAGACUUUCUCAUCCGGGAGACACUACUGGGAAGUUGUGGUGGGAGAAAGAGCAGAGUGGGGGUUGGGAGUCUGCCAAGACACAGUGCCCAGGAAGGGGGAAAGCACACCGUCCCCAGAGCAUGGCGUCUGGGCCGUAUGGCUGCUGAAAGGGAACGAGUACAUGGUUCUAGCCUCUCCCUCCGUGCCUCUUCUCCAACUGGAGCGGCCUCGCUGUGUAGGCAUCUUCCUAGACUAUGAAGCCGGGGAGAUCUCCUUUUACAACGUCACAGAUGGAUCUCACAUCUACACAUUCAACCAAGUGUUCUCUGGUGUUCUCCGACCCUAUUUUUUCAUCUGUGACAUGGCUCCUCUGUUUCUGCCACCGAUGACUGAAGGAGAGGCUGGAGAUUGGGCAGCCAGGGGUUUUCUUGGCCUUGCCUCUAGUGUUGGAGAUGCACUGCCCUGA